AUGGCUUUCGAAGGGAGGGAUGAUGUUAGAGAUGUCACACAAGCAAAAGCAAUUGGUGGCUUGAUCAAAAUUCAAGAAGUGGAUCAAGCAUUGAACUUAUUCAGGGAGUUGUGUUCUCGUGGCCACUGUCCUGAUGUGGUUGCAUAUAACAUAUUGAUAAGGGGGCUCUGCAAGGCCAACAGAGUCAUAGAGGCUGAAAAUUUGUUGGAUGAGAUUGUUGAAAGGGGUCUUUCUCCCUCAGUUGUGACCUACAAUCUGUUUAUAGAUAGUUGGUGCAAAAAUGGUUCUAUUGAUAAGGCUAUGGCUCUUCUUUCCAGAAUGUCUGAAGAAGACAGGGAACCCAAUGUCAUUACAUACUCAACUUUAGUGGACGGGUUAUGCAGAGCAGAAAGGCCUGAUGAUGCUCUCUUGGUUUGGAAUCAGAUGGAAACAAAAGGCCAACUUCAGUACUUCAUUAUUGACAAAACCCUCGCCAAAGACAUCAUGAAUUCACCUUGUUCCUUUACCCCUGGCGCGUUGGGUUUCUUCAUUCGGUGUCUGGGCAGCAUUGGGUUGGUGCAAGAAGCCAACGAGGUGUUUGAUGAAAUGGAAAUGAAGGGUCUUUGCUUUGAGAAUCGGACGCAGGGUAACGCUGAUGAUGGGUCGAGGUCUGCUGGUAAUGGUAAUGACGGCAGAGGGGGCGGUGGUGCUGGCUGCGAUUGCGGUGGGGGAAACAGACCUGUUCACAGGACUUUUAGAAUAUCAUUGAGUUAUCAUCUUGGUGCAGGUGGGUCUGCUCAGGACAGUGGUGAAAGGGGAUGGGGAAGUAGACAAGAAGAUUUGGAUUGA